GUAGCAGUUAGAGAAGCUGGACUUGCACGUAACUUACUUCAAAUUCAUCUCGAUCAGCCAGAACCGAUGAGAUUAGGUCUUUGGGAUUCUCCUCGUAGCCUUCCUCAUGGCCUUCCUAGUGGCCUUCCUAGUGGCCUUCCUCAUGGCCUUUCCUGGGGCUGCUCUUGA